CACGCGCGGCUCACCCACUUCGCUUCUUCUCAGGAGAACGUGCGUUGUCCUCUCGCGCCGCGGACCUGCAGCUGAGUGUCUGUGACGGAGGAGUGUGUGUGUGUGUCUGUGUGUGUCUGUGUGUGUGUGUGAAGACACCGAGUUAAAGCGCACCGUCCUCACAGGAAACCCGGAGUUUAAUACAGAGUUUACAGAGGAGCGCAGACUUCAUGAAGACAUGAUUCUGCUGGUUUUCUUUUUCAGAUCCUGGUUGGUUGGCAGUAAUUAGUGGGUGGUCAGUAGGUCACAGCUGUCUGUCGAGACCAACAUGGAACGAGAGGGCUCAUUGAGGAGGAGUCUCCACAGCAAACUGAAGUUGGGAAGCAGCUCGUCCUCCAGCCUGACGGACCUCUCGCAGGCGAAGACCCCAGCGGGGGGAGGUGGUGAGAAGGGAGGAACGGCCGGGGGGCUGGCAGAGGAGUGCAGCAAGGACAAGGGGACGCAGCAGAGGAGAGCCGGGGCCAACGCCACCUGGAACAGCAUCCACAAUGCAGUGAUCUCAGUUUUCCAGAAGAAAGAUCUGGGAGAGAAUGAGCUCUACACUCUGAAUGAAGGUGUCAGGCAGCUGCUGAAGACAGAGCUGGGCUCCUUCUUCACGGAGUACCUUCAGAACCAGCUGCUCACUAAAGGCAUGGUCAUACUGAGAGACAAGAUUCGAUUCUAUGAAGGUCAGAAGUUGUUGGACUCUCUGGCUGACACGUGGGACUUCUUCUUCUGUGAUGUUCUGUCCAUGCUGCAGGCCAUCUUCUAUCCUGUGCAGGGAAAGGAACCAUCAGUGCGUCAGUUGGCUCUGCUCCACUUCAGGAACAUCAUCACCCUAAACCUGAAACUGGACGAGGCUCUCGCUCGACCCAAAGCCAGAGUUCCUCCCUCUAUCAUACAGAUGCUGCUAAUACUACAGGGUGUCCAUGAGUCUAAAGGUGUAACAGACGACUACCUGCGUCUGGAGUCCCUCAUCCAGAAAGUGGUCUCUCCCUACCUCGGCACUCAUGGCUUAUAUUCCAGAGAUGGAUCCUACAACCCACACUGCUCCUCCUGCCUAUUAGAAAAGCGUUUGCAGCGCUCCUGGUCCUCCAAACCAGGCAACUCCCCUGCUGCCAAAAACCCAGUGGUGCGGUCUAAGAGCUACAACGUGACCAUGCUGACCCCCGUGGUAGAAUAUGAUGCGGAUGCCUCCAUUGGAGGUGGCGCAGGUAUCAGGCGACACUCCGUCUCUGAGAUGACUUCCUGUGUGGAGGAGAGCAGCUCCGUGGCCGAAUCCACCUCCAACACCAACAGCAACACCAGCACACCCAGCCUCGCCAAACACUCCCUGGCUUCAGCAGAACUUGUUUCAGAUACUGUGACCUCCAGCCAGGACCCACAGUCCAGAGUCACUGACAGUCCCACGAGUCUUCACCUUCAGCCACAGUAUCACUCCCCAGGCAUCCUUCCUGAGCCCUCCCCGUCUAAAGACACACACAGCAGUGGAUCGCUGGUGUGGGACUCCCCCUCGUCCUCCAGAGCGCUCGCUCAUGACACGAGCUCCGGCCCCAGUCCAUCCUCCAGUCCAGAGAUCCUGACGGACCACAUCCAGGAGUCUUUGGAAUCAGAGCCCGAGCAGGACGGCAUCUUUCUUGACUUCUCCCGACGUUGUUCUGGAGGGUCGACGCACAGCAAGGACAGCGGCAGACAGAGUGUGGCGUGACACACACACAGACACACACAAGCACUCAGAACAAUGCUGAGCCAUUACUGACAUUCCUCUGGACAGCCUGUGAUGCCCCCUGCUGUUUUUCUGGAGAUCAUCAGGGAUUCAGACUGAAUCAUUUUUCUAGAGAUUUUUUAUUCUCUCUAAAAACAAACGAUGACCAGUAAAUAUUUAGAUCUGGCACUUUUAUUAGAUGCAUUCCUCCAGUUGAAAACAUCUGCACUUUUCCCUCGGGGAAGCUAUAAUCGUAUUGAUCACUUGACUUUUAAACUAAACUAUAACUAAUAAAAUAAUUGUAAAGUA